AUGACGCCAGUCGACCGCCAUGGAAAGCUGCACGUCGUGCGGUACCUCCAUCCGACGGCCAAAAAAGACAGUGACAACGACGACGACGACGACGGUGAUAAGGACCCGGACGACGUGCCGAUGGAGCUCAAGGAGCUCGCGGCCGCCGACGCCAUCCAAGCACUGCUCAAGACACACUUGCCGUUCCGGUUGCGCCACCUGCUUGCGCUGCCGUCACUGGUGGGAACUCGGAGCCACGACCAAGUGCUCGACUUGUGCAUUGCUCUCGCGAUGCACUCGCGCCGCGCUGCAACGCACCUCUUGGAGGUCAAGGGCAUGACCAGCGUUCUCCUCGAGCUCCUGAGCCACGAAGGCAUCGACGAUGUCCUCGCGACACUGCCGAUGCGACGCAAGACGAUAGUCCUCCUUCGGCGCUUGUGCCAAGCUGACGCGGCACUGGCUGCCAUGUGUCUCCAGGACCAGCUGCUCACGGCCACCAAGGUCGUGCUCGCCAUCCGCCACCCGGGCCUGCUCCCUCUGCAGCUGGACGCGCUCCGGCUCUGGAGCGUCUGCCUCUCGUACGGUAUCGAUCUGCACAGCGUCGCGUACUUGUACCCGCUGCUGUGUGGGUACCCGGCCGCGGCGCUCGCUUCGGACGGCGCCGCGCUCUCGCCGUGGCCGAUCGAGAUGCAGUGCGCGAUUCUCGACGCGCUCACACUGCUCGUGCGCAACGGGGUCGAGGCCGCGCAGUACUACCGGCUGCUGCCGUUUUUUGUGCAGCAGGCCACCGAUCUUCUGGCGCAGCAUGCGGCGCAGGUCUCGUCGCCCAUGGUAGCUGCCGCCGUCCGAUUCCUGGCUGCCGCGUGGCCUAUCGUGCAGUUCAACACGACGAUCCUCGAUGUCGACCCGUACGUCCGGGUAACGCCCGUGCUCUCAACGCUCUACGACUCUGUGCUGGCGUCGUCGACAGGUCUCGAGUGGCUGCCGGACCUCUUGGCGUACUUUAGGGCGCUGGCCGCCGCGCCGGCCAAGCAGCUUCCACCAGUGUCGUUGGCGGUGCUGGCCAGUGCGAUGGAGCCUGCCUUCCUGACCCAAUUGGCGCCGCACCGGUCCAUCGGUGUCGCAUGCGCUCUCUUCUACACGACGCACGGGCCAAGCGAUGCGGCGGUAGCGCUCUGGCCACUCUGCUUGGAAUGGCUCGCGACCUGCAAGCCCGGCGACGAAGCCGAUGUCCGCAGCAUGGUGCGCAUCCUCUUUGAGAAGCCGUGCCCGGCCUUGUGCGCGCUGUUUACUGCCAUGGCCGGCGCGAGCCCGAGUCCCAAGGAAACGUGCCACGUCGUCCAGCCGGAAGAUGCGCCGUCGACGCUGCCGUGGCCGACCUACUGGCUCUUUAGCCUCUUCUCGCGCAUCGCGUCCAGCGACAUGAGCGCGACCGCGUGGCAGACGCUUCUCACCGAAGCGAGUUCGCUGCUCCUGCAGCUCGAAACGAGCUCGCCGGCGCUGCUCGCCUCGACACCAACGGCGCACAAGCUGGUGCAUCUCAGUCACGUGUACCUUCUCGAGACGGAUGCUUGGCUGUCGCCGGCGGUCGCGACGCCGCUCCAGGCCCUUGUGGCGCACUACGUCGACGCGGUGGUGGCCGAGGAAUGGCACGAGGCGCUGAGCCACGUCGUGCAGUGCUACAAGCCGUGCGAGCUUGGGAAGGAACCCGCGCUGGUUCAGUCGUUUGUCGAGUCGCUGCUUCAAGUCUUUUGCGGAGCGUCGUACGGCGACGUGGGCCUCAGCGCGAUCGUAACGCUCUGCUUGCACCCGUCGCUGCCGCAAGAGCUCCGCCUCUGGCUAUGGUCAGAGCUUAGCACGAACGGCGGCCUUGCGCUGGUCACGGUACCGACGGCACUGAUGUCGUCGCUGCUAGCGACGACCGACAGCAAGAUGCUCGAUGCGUAUGUGGCGAGCGUCGCCUCGGAGACCAUCACGGCGACCCGCGGCAAGGACCUGUAUGCCGUGGCCAUCCACCACCUUGCUCGCUAUUGCUUGGGUGCGUCGGAGCUUGCGGCCUCGCAGCGCCAACAGCAGGUCUGGCUGCGUCUGCUCCAGUCGCCCUCCAAGGCGCUGGUCAAGGAUGUGGUUGGUCAUGCGGAGGCCAAAGACGCGCGCGUCAAGGUACAGUGGUGUAUCCAGCAGCCUUCGUUUGCGUUGGUGCAAACAACCCUCCAGUCGCUGCUGUAGAACAGGCAAGUUAGCGAUUUCUAAACAGCAGAAUGAUGAUCAUGAAUGCGU